AUGACUCGGUUACUGCAGGUCUUGGGACGAGUCUUUGGGUCCGCUCCCUCGCCAGCUCCUGCAAGCCGUGCUGUGUAUGUUGGACGGACGCGAGCAAUUGACACCGAUUUCUCCAUCUUUCGAGAGGGCGACCGGGCGGUGAUUCACCAGAAGCAGCCUCAAUUGACCAAACCAUUGAAAAAGGGCGACAAGACAAAUCUUCGCCGUGGUCAUGUUGCGCACGAAAACAUCAUUGGCAGUCGAGUCUGGGACGCGGUGCCCGCGCAUAAAGGUCCCGACGUCCGCUUAAGUCUGCCAACGCUCGAAGAAUACGUUGCACUGAGUCCUCGCCUCGUCACUCCAAUCUAUUCACAUGAUGCAAACUUGAUCGUUUCGCUUCUCGAUCUUCACGUCAAUCCCCCGGCGGCUGGGGACUCCCAACCUAGCCUUGAAAUCCUCGAAUCGGGAACGGGACAUGGCUCCUUGACGCUUCACCUCGCUCGCGCCAUUCACGCCGCCAACUCGACACCGCCGCCGCGUCCGGAACGAUCCCAAAUCCAAUAUCUGAAUGGCCGGGCCCAUCGACCGGGCGAGCAAGACACAACGCCGACAGAUGGAACACAGAACGCGGAGAGUGUCGACACAGCUCAGCAGGAAUGGGACGCUUGGCGAGCAGAGCGCAAGGCCGUGAUCCACACUGUGGACGUAUCUGCUAAAUUCUCGGCCCUGGCUGAGAAAAACGUCAAGGGUUUCCGUCGCGGAAUAUACGCUGGCAAUGUCGAUUUCCAUGUCGGGUCGGUCGAGGACUGGGCCGCUGAGCAAUCCAAGCAACGAGCUCUAGAGGGCUUGGCUCCCCAGCCUUUCCUGUCGCACGUCAUCCUGGACAUGCCCUCGGCCGAUUUGCGAAUCCCUCAUGUCGCCCCCCUCUUGAAACGGGGUGGCUAUCUGGUCGUUUUUAUGCCCAGUAUCACUCAAAUUGGUGAGUGUGUGCGGACCAUCCGCCAACAUAGACUGCCCUUUGUACAAGAAAGGGUGGUAGAGUUGGGACUCGGCAUGACGAGCGGUCGGCAUUGGGAUGUACGACUAGCAUACAAAAAGUCUGCGGCCGAUCCCUCAUCCUGGGCCCCGCAGGCAGAAACGGACGGCGAGGAUACGACCAGCACAGCCGACAGUACGGAGCAGAUCGAAGAAUUGGAUGCAAAGCCCGAUGAGGUUGUUCAUCCCGAGACACCUCUGAAAGGCGAAGAACCUGUCAUGGUCUGUCGACCCAAGGUUGGCAUUCGGACUGUAGGUGGUGGAUUCAUCGGUUUAUGGCGGCGCAUUGAAGACCCCUCGGGAAGCACUGCUUGA